GAUCAUGCAGCAGCAACGCAGAACUCUAGCAAAGCAGAGGAUCUAGGAAGCACAGGCAGGAUCGACCAAAGACAAAGAGCGUCUAGUUCACCGGUUAGUUAGCACGACCGAUCGAUCGAUCGUCCGGCAAGAAUGGUUGCGACAAAGUCGGGCGAGCUGAGGGCGCUAUUCGCGUCGCUGGACCAGAACGGCGACGGCCGGGUCUCGGCGGCAGAGCUGCGGGGGUGCAUGCGGGCGACGCUGGGCGAGGACGUGCCGGCGGAGGAGGCCGAGGCACUGGUGGCGUCGGCGGACGCGGACGGCGACGGGCUGCUGUGCGAGGCCGAGUUCCUCGAGCUGGCGCAGCAGGCGGCCUGGGCGGGCGCCGAGGACGAGGACAACGAGCAGAGGACCCGGGCGCUGAGGGAGGCGUUCCGGAUGUACGAGAUGGAGGGGCAGGGGUGCAUCACGCCGGCCAGCCUCGGGCGGAUGCUCGGCAGGCUCGGCACCGAGCGGGGCGCCGGCGAGUGCCACGCCAUGAUCUGCCGGUUCGACCUUGACGGCAACGGCGUGCUCAGUUUCGACGAGUUCAAGAUCAUGAUGAGCUAGAGCUAGCUAGCCUUACCCCGGACCGAAGCAUAUACCAUCUCCGUCUUGCAUAUAGCCCCUUCAGUGGUUCAUUCAUUCAUUCAUUUGAUUGUUAGACGGUAGUACUACAAAAUUUGUAAUGAUGACGCACAGUAAUUGAUCUAUGUGAAUACCUUUGGUCUCGAUCGAUUGUCCUUGCUCUUGGACUUGGAUAGUGGGUUUCUCGAGGAA